AGCUACAUAGCCCUCAUACUCCUAUGCAACAGCUCUAUCUUCUUAGUGGUUCUGGUCCAGAUACGAAACAUGCAGAUCAAUCAGCCCGCUGGCACUCGCAGUGGUCUCUCGAAAGACCUGCGUGCAGUCGUAAGCCUUACCUUUCUGCUGGGUCUCACCUGGGCUCUGGCUUUUCUUGCCUGGGGUCCUGUCAAAGUGUUUCUUCUCUACCUGUUCUCCAUACUCAAUAGCCUUCAAGGAUUCUUUAUUUUUUUGUUCCACUGCCUCAUGAAGGAAAAUGUACGUAAGCAAUGGAGAGUGCAUUUAUGCUGUGGGGUUUUCAAGCUGCAAGACUACUCUGAAUGGACUCAAACAGCAAUGGAGGUUACCAAGCCUAAACCCAAUCCACCAAAUAAGCUCCCUUUUAUUGCAUCUGUGAGAUCCAUCAAGUCUAAUUCAACCCAGAGCUCAUCGGUUUCCUCAGAAUACAGCCAACAUCAAGCGUCUAUCACAGGACCCAACAUGGAUGUUGUAUAUGACAACAGUUUGGUAAUACCAAGGGCCAGGACAGGACUGUUGCCUCUAGCCACAGGAAGUGGACAUGAUUUUUUCCCAAGGCUGACAAAGGAUGGCUCAGACAUAGACAUUUAUAAUAAAUAAUGGUGAUUGUGUGUUAUCUACUACUCUAUUUAGAUAACUUUCAGUUUUAAAAUGUUACCUGGAUUUUUAAAGAGAAAUGAAUACCAUGUUAUAGAAGAUCUUCACAAGAAAGUAUAGUAACAAAUAAGCCAAAUGUUGCAUCAUAUAACGGAAAUAUCUAAACAAACUAUGUUGUUUUAGCAAAACAUUAUGUAAAUACUCAGACUUGAUUGAUGGUCACUGUACUAAGUAUGCACCUGA